AUGUCCCCUCACAGCGAUGCACCCUCACCUGUUGGGUCCUUUGGGGUCCAGCCUUACAACCAAUGGCACUCAAGCUCAAGAGUCAACAACUUCUCAGACACCUCAUCCGGCAGCUCCGUCGACUCGAUAGACGUGCGGCACUCUACUCGCCCUCUGGUCCCAGGGGUCUACGUCCCAACCAUGUGCUUCUUUGACGACUCAGAAGACGUUGACACGGCUGCCAUUGCCGAUCACGCUGUGCGACUCGCAAGGGCUGGAGUCACCGGCCUAGCUACCCAGGGAUCCAACGGUGAGGCCGUCCAUCUCUCUCACUCGGAGCGGCAACUCGUCACCGCCACCACAAGAGCCGCCUUGAAUGACGGCGGCUUCUCACAUAUGCCCCUGAUCGUGGGCUGCGGGAGCCAGAGCACGCGGGAGACGAUCCAGUAUUGUCGGGAGGCUUGGGAGGCUGGGGGUGACUAUGCGCUGGUGCUACCCCCGUCAUACUAUGCCACGUUAUUUGCUCCGGCCUCGGAAACCAUCCUGGAGUAUUUCACAACAGUGGCGGACAAGUCCCCCAUCCCCAUCAUCAUCUACAACUUUCCCGGUGCCGUGGGAGGCAUGGAUCUCUCGUCGGACAUCAUCGUGACUCUUGCGGCGCACCCAAACAUUGCGGGCGUCAAGCUGACGUGCGGAAACACUGGCAAGCUGAACCGUGUAGCCGCGGCAACCCGCAAGCUCUCUACUACAUACAACCCAGCACGGCCAGAGUUCCUUGUCCUUGCGGGAUCGGCUGACUUUCUGAUCCCAUCCCUCUCCGGAGGCGGACACGGGAUCCUGGCUGGGCUGGCCAACAUGGCCCCGAGGGCGUGCAUCCGAACGAUGGAACUGUACCGGGAAGGCAAGGUUUCCGAGGCACAGAGGCUGCAGGAGGUUGUCUCACAGGGCGACUGGACGGCCAUCCAGGGCGGUGUGGUUGGUGUAAAGGCUGGGCUGCAGGCCUGGAGGGGAUACGGAGGAUUUGCCCGGAGCCCUCUGCCGAAGCCUACGGCAGAGCAGACGAAACGGUGGAAAGAAGGCUUCCGGGACCUGAUGAUGCUGGAACAAACACUAUCAUGA